AUGGCUCAUGGUAAGAGGCCAGGAACCAUCUCCAAAAUAUUGGCUUCCAGCGCUCCACCGUGUCCUGGUCCAGGACUCACAAAAGAGAGCCAAGAGGAGCAGGGUGGUUUGGUGAGGGAGGCGUCUGAGCAACCACCUUGCAUCUUGAAGGAUGAUAAGAAUGAUCAGCUGACUCCACCUGCUUCUGCAAACCACUAUUACAUGAGUUGUGACCCUAGUCCUGAGGACAUGGAGGACACCUGCUCUGAGUACGACAACGUGGGCUCUGAUGUCGAGCAGGACUAUGAUGAGGUGCUGCAUUUGAGCAAAGAGGGCGUGGUGGACAUGAGAUACUACAAACAGUACUGUCCUGAGGAUGGGGGCUACAUAAAGCAUGCAGUAGAUGAUAAUGUUAAUGAGAACAGCAGUGCUGUUGACCAGUUCACUCCCAGAGCUCGUCAUAGCACAGAAAUAUGUGAGGGACCACAAUGUGACACUAAACCUCGCAAGACGGGCCAUCGUUUUAAGUCACAUUGUGCCCCAAUUGCUGGAGUUGAAACAGAGAGGGAAGUGGAAAAGGGUCAGGAGAACAGGUUCUUCUUCAGUGAUGGAGAUGAGAUAGAAGAGGUGCUGGAUGGGGCCAAAUUUAUAGAGGAUUUAGAGGAGACAGAGACCAGUGUUCAAAGACCGACCAGCCUUUAUCAGGGCAAUGAUAAUGAAAGAAUUAGAAAAGGAGGUGAUGAAAGGGGGAGAGAAGAUGACACUCGAGUUACAAGAAACCAUGAUAUCCAAGGAGCCGGUAAGAAGUGUGAGUCAUCUCACAUGGGUUCAAAGGAGAAGGAGAGGCAGGGUAAAGGACGAGCAAGGAGGGGAACAGGAGAGGACAUUGAGCAUAUUGUUUCUGGGAUCAAAGGAUGCACGACCAACAGCACUGAACAGCCUCCAAAGAUUUCGUCAAAGGACUGCAAAAAGGCCGCUGUGCGGACCAAAUCUAGAUCGGGUUCCAGUAAGCAACAUCCUCCUCCACCACCUUGUCAUUCCCAUGCUGAGUCACCUGCCGAGACCCAGAAGGCCCAGCCUCGUAGAGAGACUCCUCCUGUUCCCAGACCCAGCCACUCCUCUGCUAACAGCCAGGAGAACGAACCCAGGGUUAUCAAACCAUCGCUGGCUCCUCAUCACACACCAGAACAACAGAGGGAGCCUCUUGAGGAGAGGCAGAGACGGCCAGAGAAACCCCAGCAGGGUGAGAAGCUAAGCACAGCUGUAAAGCCUGAGGAGGCGCCAGAGCAGCCGAGGAGGCCCCAGUGCCAAGAGCUCGUCCCUGCAGAGGAGACCAACACACCCAAGGUGAAGAUGUAUUACACAACAGCAAAAACACAGGAGGCUACUUCUUUCCCCAGCUUUGAAGAUGUCCCAGGUCCCUGUGAGCCAGAAGAUCUUAUUGAUGGGAUCAUCUUUGCUGCUAACUAUCUUGGCUGCACUCAGGUGUUGUCUGAUAAAAAUCCAUCUAAGUCCGUUCGCAUGUCCCAAGCCCAUGAAGCUGUCAGUCGUAUCAAGAGUCAAGAUGAAGACUCACAGAUGGUGACAGAAGUGGACCUGUUUAUCUCCACUAAAGCUGUCAAAGUGCUGAAUGCUGACACACAGGAGACAAUGAUGGACAGUGCCUUGCGUACCAUCUCCUAUAUCGCCGACAUUGGCAGUAUUGUGGUUCUGAUGGCUCGGAGGCGCAUGUCUCAAGCUUCGUCAGAGGAUUUUUCCGAAUCUCCCGAUUCCCCCAGUGAAGGGACGACUCAGUACAGCAUGAUCUGCUAUGUCUUUGAGUCAGAGGAUGCACAGCUCAUCGCACAGUCCAUUGGUCAGGCCUUUAGCGUGGCCUACAGAGAAUUUCUGCGAGCCAACGGCAUCAACCCGACCGACUUGAGCCAGAAACAAUACAGCGACAUCAUCAACUCCCAGGAAAUGUACCACGAUGACCUUGUCCAUUUCUCAAACUCAGACAACUGUAAAGAGCUGCAUGUGGAGAAGCAGAAAGGGGAGAGCCUCGGUGUGGUGAUUGUGGAGUCUGGUUGGGGCUCCAUUCUGCCAACUGUCAUCCUGGCCAGUAUGCUGAACAGCGGCCCUGCAGCUCGCUCCGGAAAACUCAGUGUUGGGGACCAGAUUAUGUCCAUUAAUGACACCAGCCUGGUUGGGCUGCCUCUGGCCACCUGUCAGGGCAUCAUUAAGGGUCUGAAGAAUCAGGUGAAGGUAAAGCUGAGUAUUGUGAGCUGUCCUCCUGUCACCACUGUCCUCAUCAAGAGACCUGAUCUCAAGUUCCAGCUUGGCUUCAGUGUUCAGAAUGGCAUUAUCUGCAGUCUGAUGCGAGGUGGCAUUGCAGAGCGAGGCGGUGUCCGCGUUGGACACAGAAUCAUUGAAAUAAAUGGUCAGAGUGUCGUUGCCAUGGCACAUGAGAAGAUUGUUCAAACUCUGUCUAUCUCAGUGGGUGAGAUAAACAUGAAGACGAUGCCUGCUGUGAUGUUCAGACUACUGACAGGACAGGAGACACCUAUCUACAUAUAG